UCUCCGGCAUCUCAGUCAGAUCAGGAAAUUGUCAACCCCAUAAAUCUUGUGUCUACGAUGACCCAAUUGCCCACCUUGUUGAUCAGGCUGUUCAUGAUUAUCAUUCUCCAAAUUGAUUUAGUGUAUGGUCAAUUCGGUUGCAGUAGCACAAGCCUUCCGUUUUGUGCGAGGAAUAUAACGGCAGCGGAUCGACGAAGACCACGAGGGCCGGGAACCAAAGAGGAUGACGUCUGGUUCAUUCUCAACCCCCGUAAGGAUCGCAAUGGUUUGAAUACUUGUAAAGACUUAAAGAUCCUCCGGCGAGACGCACAGUGGGAAGUCUGCUGUCGAUGGGCAGAUGCCGCAUUGGCCGGUUUAGACCCAAUGAAGGAUGACGCACAUUUCACUGCCACGUCUACUGAAGCUGGAAUUGAACAAAGUUGUUGUACUCCUAAAGAUCGACCAGUCAAGACGAAAUUACCAGUAUGCAAAUAGUGUGUUUUUAGGCCCGAAACACAUCAGUCACCAAUGGUCAUCAUCUUCAUCUCCUCCUUUUUUGCAUUUAAUCUUCUAAAAAG